GCUAAUCUCUCUUUUGAUGAAAAGUUUGAUGUUUCUCUUUCCAAACAGUUAAAAUAAAUCGCAUAUGUGUUUUAUCAUUAGUCAAAAUCAUAUUUCCAAGAAACACCACGGCAUUUAAAUGGAACUUUAACACAUAAAAAGGCAAUAUGCUACGCACGCAAAGCUUAAGAAUAAGAGCUUAUUCACGGAAUAGCAUUCGGAAACCCAUUACCAGAGUGAUCUCUUCUAGCAGAAGCAAUUCUUCGUCAAAUCUCGCAAGUCCUCAAGAUGUCCAGCCUUCGUCAGCGAAGCCUUUUGAAGAUAUCCCUCAUCUUCCAAUUCUACCUUUCAUCGGCACAGCAUGGACGUUCUUCCCUAUUAUUGGGAUUUACAGCACCAGUACGCUUCACUUAGCUUCUCGUGAUGGUAGGAAGAGAUUUGGAGACAUCUGCAGACAGAAGAUUGGCUCCUUGAACAUAGUGCUAUCAUUCCGCGCAGAGGAUAUGGAAACGCUUUCUCGAAACGAAGGACCCUACCCAUUCAGGGGGGACAUCGCCAGUCUUAAAGCAUACAGAGAAUCUAGAAAGCAGUGGUAUUCUAGCACUGGUCUUAUGAUUUUACAAGGAAAGGAAUGGCAUAGCUUGAGAACAAAGACGCAGAAACAUUUGCUAAAGCCAAAAGCUGUAGAAGCUUACAUGGGUUCAAUGCAGGAAGUAGCAAGAGAUUUAGUCAAUAAAAUCUACUUAACAAGAGAUUCAAACAAAGAAGUUCCAAAUUUCCUCUUUGAAUUAUACAAAUGGGCCCUCGAGUCCGUGGCUGUUGUGGGUCUUGACACCAGACUAGGAUGCCUACAGAUAGACUUACCAAAGGAUUCUGAUGGCAUGAAGAUGAUUGAUUCCGCACAAACUCAGUUUCAACUCAUAAGUGAACUAGAGGGAAUGACUGGGAAUUUACCUUUCUGGAAGCUUUUUCCCACACCCAAAUGGCGUAAAUUCACUAAAGCUGCAGACGUAUUUACAGAAAUUGCUUUCAAGUACAUCAAUCGGUCUUUAGAUGACCUGAAGAAAAGUGAAGACAACGAAGAAAAAGAGCUUACUUUGCUUCAAGCUUUACUGUCCACAAAAGGCCUAGAUGCUUCAGGAGCAAUGGUCACUGUUGCUGAUAUGCUUUUGGCUGGAAUUGAUACCACGUCUCACACUAUUGGCUUUCUUCUGUAUCAGCUGGCGAAAAAUCCAGAUAAACAGGAAUUGUUGUAUCAAGAAAUAAUGAAAACUCUUCCUCACAAGGAUCAGAAAAUGACUCCAGUAGCUUUUUCAGAAUUUAGAUAUUUAAAGUCAUGCCUGAAAGAGUCACAAAGAUUACACCCAAUAGCAGGUGGUGCUGCCCGAGUACUUGACCAUGACGUAGUCAUGAGUGGAUACAAAAUACCUGCAGGGACGAUGAUUGCUAUUGCACUGCAAGAAGUCUACAGGAGAGAGGAAUACUACAAAAAUCCUCAUGAGUUCUGUCCAGAGAGAUGGCUGGAAAAAGACCAAAACUUCAACCCUUUUGCUUUUCUGCCUUUUGGAUUUGGAACUCGAAGCUGCAUCGGAAGAAGAUUGGCUGAACUGGAAAUGAUUACUCUAACGACCGAGAUAAUCAAAAAUUUCAAAGUUGAAUAUCAUCAUGAAGAUAUUGAUAUGAUUACCAGACUGAUUGGGUUUUUUUUUUUUUUUUUGUUUCAAAGCAAGUCGGAUGUAUUUAGAUCAUAUGCGGAAAAUAAAUUCGGUACAUUGCAGUAUUUUGAUGAAACCUUUGUGAAGAAACUGAAAAUGCUUCAAACUUCUCCUUUGAGAAUAUUAUCAGGUGAAUGCAAGCUUCUCAAUGGACUCCUUCGCCAAAUAGACUGUUAUAAGAGACCUUCUUCCACAGCCAAUGUUCCAAGUCAACAAAACAAUGAAUUGGCUUCUGCUAAACCUUUCGAAGAAAUUCCACAUCUUCCUAUACUUCCCGUAAUAGGGACAGCAUGGGCAUACAUGCCAAUAAUAGGACUUUAUAAAACGAGCCGUCUCCACGAGGCAGCAAGGGACAAGAGGAAAAAAUUUGGGGACAUGCAUCGAGAGAAGUUCGGGCCUCUGCACAUGGUUGCGUCUUUCCGCGCGGAGGACAUGGAAAUCCUUUCCAAACACGAAGGACCCUAUCCUAACAGAGGAUUCCUCUCAACCAUUCAAGCAUAUCGAGAAUCAAGAAAGCAGUGGUACACUACAACGGGACUUAUGGUUUUACAAGGUAAGGAAUGGCAUGACCUACGUUCCAAGACACAAAAGCAUUUGCUGAAACCGAAAGCAAUCGAGUACUAUUUGGUCCCCAUGCAAGAAGUAGCUAAAGAUCUGGUGAAUAAAAUCUAUUUAUCAAGAGAUUCCAAUAAAGAAGUACCGAAUUUUCUUGAUGAACUGUACAAAUGGUCUCUUGAAUCUAUUGCCUUUGUGGGCUUAGACACAAGACUAGGUUGCUUAGAAAUGGAGUUACCAGCAGAUUCUGAGGGACGGAAAAUGAUUGAUUCUGUUCAAACACAGUUCGCACUUUUGAUUGAACUAGAAGGUUUUGCCGGAAAAAUAACUUUUUGGAAAUUCUUUCCAACUCCAAAAUGGCGUAAAUUUACAAAAGCUUCUGAUGUUUUCACUGAAAUUGCUUUCAAGUACAUAAAUCGUGCUUUAGAUCAGUUAAAGAAGAACGAAGUUAGUGAAGAAAAGCAAUUGACUUUGCUUCAAGCAAUGCUGACCACAAAAGGUUUGGAUGCAUCUCGAGUGAUGGUCACAGUAGCAGAUAUGCUUUUCGCGGGAAUCGAUACGACUGCUCAUACUGUUGGCUUUCUCUUGUAUCACUUGGCAAAGAAUCCAGACAAGCAAGAACGGCUCUACCAAGAAGUGAUGAGUGUGCUACCAAGUGAGGAGCAGAAAAUGACGCCUAAGACAUUUGCUGAAAUGCGAUAUUUAAAGUGUUGUAUGAAAGAAUCACAAAGAUUGCAUCCGGUUGUGGGAGGAUCAGUGAGAGUUCUGGAUCAUGACGUAGUUAUGAAUGGAUACAGAAUUCCUGCUGGGACAAUGAUCGGUGUCGGCCUGCAAGAAAUCUACAGAACAGAGAAGUAUUACAAGAAUCCAAACCAGUUUAACCCAGAGAGAUGGUUGGAAAAAGAUGAAAAUUUUAACCCAUUUGCUUUCCUGCCAUUUGGUUUAGGAAUAAGAAGUUGUAUCGGUAGGAGGUUGGCUGAACAGGAAGUAGUAACUCUCACCACAGAGAUAAUACGAAAUUUCAAAAUCGAAUAUCAUCAUGAAGACAUCGAUAUGAUCACUAGAUUUGUAAGUGCACCGGACAAGCCCCUGAAAUUCAGCUUUAUUGAAAGAAGAUAACUUUUCUUUGCCUACAUCAACAGUACAAAACAGAUGGUCAUCUUCAAGAAGAGAAUAUUUUUAUGUUUUUUAAUUUAUUU